AAGCCGGAAUACAGUGAAGGAAACAGAACUAGAACGAAAACAUGGACGCAAAAAUAUUCUGCUUGCUCCUGUUCGUUGCUUGCGCCUAUGGCUCAUUUUUGCCAUCUCUCCCGUCCCUCUCGUCCGCUGCGAAACCGUUCACGGACGCAAUUGGUCAGGGCGAAUCGGCAAUUUCCGGUUUAUUAGGUGGCAAACACGACAAGCCCAGCCAUGAAUCUGACGACAAGUCCAGCGAUGACUCUGACGAGAAAUCUAAGAAAUCAGAGGAACAUUCCAAGAAAGAGGAGAAGGAAGUGCAAAAACUGGUGAAACAAUUGGCACAUGUAACGGAGAAGCUACUUCAUUCCGCCAAUCUGGAAGACCACCAGACGAAGAAUCUCUUGUUCUCCAUCAAUGCAUUGGUCCAACAGUUGGAGAGGCUGGCGAAGAUCGGCGAGUUGAAAGAAAGGAAUCGCAGAGGACUCGAGGACUUAGUGGGAUCCGCGUUGAGCGCGUUUUCUCCGAGCGGUGGAAAGUCCGGCAAGAAUGAUAAAGAAGUGGAAAAACUGACGAAGGAAUUGCAAAAGAUCACGGAAAAACUGAUCGACGCCGUCGGCAAGGACAACAUCCAGGCGAGGAACAUCUUGCUGUCCCUCAAGGGAUUGGCCGACCAAUUGUCGAACUCCAGCGGAUUGACAAGUAAAGCGGCUACAGACUUCAGCGGGUUGGUAGAUAAAGUGCCUGGAGAAAUCAGCAAGUUGGUAGAUAAAGCGCCUGCAGAAUUCAGCGGGUUGGCAGAUAAAGUGCCUGGAGAAAUCAGCAAGUUGGCAGAUAAAGUGCCUGGAGAAAUCAGCAAGUUGGUAGAUAAAGUGCCUGCAGAAAUCAAAGGGUUGAAAGAUAGAGUGCCUAGAGAUCUCAGCGACAUUACGGGAUCCGUGUCGAGCCUGCUCGGCCAGAACGGCUUCUCGGAGCUUCUCAACGUGGUCCCGCUCGGCAGCAACCUGACCUCGAUCCUCUCCAAAGUCGACUUCAGCAAGGUGACCGAAGUGCCGAAGAUUCCCUCGCUGCAGGACGUGGAGAAGUUGCCGGUCCUUCCAGGCCUCAGAGAGAACAUCCUGUACGCUAGGAACCUGACCAGGCUCGCAUUGGGUGGCAUAGGCCAAUCGGACUUGCCCACUGUCAUCCAAAAGGCAACGGAGAGGGCAAUUCACAAUAUCGUCCCGGUCGCCGCACUCACUGCUUUGCUAUCCACUAUCUUGCACAUUUACUACGACAUCGCAGUUAAUAGCCCAUUGUACGUAGUCGGCGCGGCUGUUCUUCAGGACGGAUUAGUUACCAUAGCCGCUGUCGUCAAGAGCGUAAUCAGUGUUGUAGCCAAUGAUAUCAAGAAUAUUGUUGGUUCCGUUAGCGGUUAAUUCGAUUUUCAUUAGAUAAGAUUUUAAAAAGCGAUUGAUAACCGAUACAUUUUCUUACAAUUAGAUGAAAAUAUAGAUUGAUAUGAAAAAUGUUUGUCCUGAAUUAAUCCUUUUUUAAAAGCAUACUAUCCAUUAUUACAUCGAUUUUGCAUCGACAUGCUAGAAAUUUGAGGAUAGUAUGCAAAAAAUAUCAAAAUGUUCAGCCAAUAAAAUAAAUUAUUAUCCAGACUGCAUUUUA